GUUAUACUUUAUUUUGAAAUGUAUAUGUAACAUGAGAAAUAUGAAAUAAAUAAAAUGAAAAGAAAAUAGUAUGGAGUCCAUGCAUGGCAGUGAGACACACCCAUUCCACGCCCUCAACCACGCCCACUUUUUCAUACACGUGUACGACUGUACGUACAAUGUUAUGAACCGCUGCAUGCCUUUUUUUUUUUAUACCACCUGCGCUAGCUGUCGUUGGCACCCGAGCCUAUCGGGUUGAGCUGGCGGCAUACUCGAGAAUCGCUGGCAUUGGAUGGAGGUCGUCACUGACGCAUAUAUAUACAUGGUCCUGCAUAAGACCACUCGCUUAGCCAGGUCAAUGAGUUUCUUCAUGUGACUUAUGAAAAACAAUAUUUACUGCACGAUACAGGAGAUUUUUGGAUGCCGUAUAUAUCCUUUGUAUGAAUUAUCAGAAUGGAUGAGUUGAGAAUCAACACGUUUUUUGGUGCGUUGUCCCAGAUAUUGAAAUUUAUGUGAGUUGAAUGUGCAAAUUCUAUUAAACUUUUAACUUGACUUGAGUAAUAGUUUCGUCAUUCUCUGAACAAGUUCUAUCAACAAUCGCCAUCAUGUCACAGUCAAGGAAUUUCAUAUUCCCUAUGUGCACCUGUGUUCCUGCUUUUGUAUCGUCACAGUCGACGCAAAGCAUGUUUUCCCCAACAAGAAGUCUUCAUUUGAGUGGUGUCUUGAGGAAAAAGAAGCCAGGUCUGAAGAACAAAUCUCAUAGCUCGCAACAAUGGAUCAACAGGCAUGUCAACGAUCCCUUUGUCAAGCAAGCAAGGGCUGACAGCUACAGAGCUAGAAGUGCAUACAAACUCCUUGAGAUAGACUCCAGGUACAGACUCUUGAAACCUGGUAACACUGUCAUCGAUUGUGGAGCAGCACCUGGCUCAUGGACACAAAUGGCUGUUGAAAGGACUAACUCUGCUUUGCAAAAUCCUGCCAAACCCAGGGGAAUUGUCAUCGCUGUAGAUCUGCUUCACAUGCAGCCUAUAGAGGGCGCCAUCAUGCUAGGUCAGAGCGACUUUACCGACCCUGCCGUCCAAGAGCGGAUACUGGGUCAUUUAGACAAGAGACUGUCCGAUGCUGUCUUAAGCGACAUGGCUCCGAACGCUACAGGAAUCCAUGCCAUGGAUCAUGAACAGAUCAUCGCCCUUGCGCGGACAGCGAUGGGUUUCGCCACAAAAGUCUUGUGUGAGAACGGUCACUUCCUGGUGAAAUUGUGGGAUGGGCAUGACACAGGGUUGUUGAAAAGGGACUUGGUAGAAAGCUUCCGUUCAGUGAAGAUACUUAGGCCUGAGGCAAGUCGGAAGGAGUCCUCUGAGAUCUUCCUCUUGGCUCAAGGUUUUAAGCGGUAUCUGGUGCACCCAAAAAGCUGAUGUACAUCUCCUCUUAAUCAGCCACUGUAACAAGGGCGACUUGAUAUAGAAGUGAAGAUGCAAACAAGAUUUGGUACAUGUAUGCCAUGAUAAGUCCCAUGUGCCAUUAGCUCUUCAUGAGGCAAUCAUUUAAAGCCCGUCUGUACAAGUUUGGCCAGGGCGUAUUAGACCUCCCUGCAAGGUCACUGACAGGUGGU